UCAGUGUGUGUGUUGUGUUGUCAUCCCUGCCCUUUACCCCAGUCAAACACACACUCUCUCUCUCAGUUGUCCCACUUUACAGUGAUCACAACCUGGCUGAAAGAUGUCUCGGGCUGCCGAAAGACUCAAACUGCUGAUCAAUCACCUUGAUCGACCACCUGCAGUGAUCACAGCUGCACCAACAUCUGUUCAAACCUCCACCUACAAUCACCCGCAGAGACUGAGAUACACGUUUGAUACUGACCUGCUGACCCCAGAGCAGCGGCUCUCCUAUGAGGAAAAUGGCUUCAUCCUCAUCAAGAAUCUGGUGUCUGAAGAGGACAUCGACAGGUUCAGGAAGGAGUUUGAAAAAAUCUGUCGACAGGAAGUCAAGGUUCCUGGUCUAGUAGUGAUGAGGGACUUGGUGAUCGCGAAGUCAGAGUUUGUUGCAGAUCAAAAAGCCAUCUCCAAACUCCAGGACUUCCAGGAGGAUCCUGAACUGUUCCGCUACUGCAGCUUACCACAGAUUCUGCAGUAUGUGGAGUGUUUCACUGGACCCAACAUCAUGGCCAUGCACACCAUGCUCAUCAACAAACCUCCUGAUGCAGGUAAGAAGACGUCUCGUCACCCGAUGCACCAGGAUCUGCAUUACUUCCCGUUCCGCCCAGCAGACAGGAUCGUCUGUGCUUGGACGGCGAUGGAGAAAGUGCACAGGCAGAAUGGCUGUCUGGUCGUCCUGCCGGGGACACACACCAGCACCCUGCAGGAGCACGACUACCCCGACUGGGAGGGUGGUGUGAACAAGAUGUACCAUGGAGUGCGUAACUACGACCCACAGCACCCCAGGGUGCACCUGGAGAUGGAGAAGGGUGACACUGUCUUUUUCCAUCCGCUGCUGAUCCAUGGCUCAGGCAUGAACCAGACGCAGGGCUUCCGCAAGGCCAUCUCUUGCCACUAUGCCAGCGCUGACUGCUACUACAUCGAUGUGAUGGGAACCACACAGGAAAACAUAGAGAAAGAGGUGAAGGACAUCGCGUUGAAGAAGUACGAUAUGGACAGCGAAAUUACCUUCAAGGAUACCUGGGCCUUCCGAGGCCGCCUGGUUCAAGGCGAGAGGACUUCACUUUAAAGACACCACAGACGUGUUCUCUUGAUUCUGGUGCCUGUUUUUUCUAAUAAUCCAAGAUUUUUAGAUGAAUUACUACACACUUUAUUUAAUUGAGGUUUCAGAGUUCGUACUCACUGUAACACUUGAAAUGUAAUCUAGAGCAUGUUGUUCUAACAGAAAACUGAUUAUAUUUUAGAAGAGAAUGUUAGGAGAACUAGCUACAAGUUACCUCAUCAGCAGAUUGCUACACAGUCCUGGGGAGAAUAAACCUCCUGCUACAAAACACAUUUCAGAGCAGUGGAAAAACUGUGACUGCAUCUUAAUGAAGAGAAAAGCUUAAUAGGCAUGUUGAUUGAGUAAAAGAGGAGUGUGUGAGGAAGAGAUGGAGCAAGGUUGAGAGAGGUAAAGUAAAGUGACAGAGAAAAACUAAAGCUAUUUUCAUAAAGAAGAAUGAAUGAAGAAUCAGUGCUGAUUAGUACUGUACCUUUUGAUAAUUAACAUUCACUGAGGCCUUGACCUCAUCCUGCCUUAUAAAUGUAUCAACGUGUUCAGUUUCUUAUCUGAUUUUUCUUUUUUAUCAUUUGGACAAAUGCUAAAUGGUUGUUUGUUUUGGACAUUCUCAGUGUGACAGAUGAAAUGUUUCAGUAACAUCAAUAAUAAAAACAGCUGCUAUAAUGA